AUGGGCAGCCGCAAGAACGUGGACAAGCACAGCCUGGACUACAUGAUGCGCUCAGGUAUCGCGGGCGGUUUGGCAGGAUGCGCUGCGAAAACAACAGUCGCUCCGCUCGAUCGGGUCAAGAUUCUCUUCCAGACCGGCAACCCGCAGUUCGCCAAGUAUACGAGCUCGUGGCUCGGCCUGGGCAGAGCACUCGGCGACAUCUAUUCGCGCGACGGCAUAUUAGGCCUCUUCCGCGGCCACUCGGCCACUCUGCUCAAGAUCUAUCCCUACGCGGCCAUCAAGUUUGUCGCCUAUGAGCAGUACCGCACAUUCAUAAUACGUUCCAAGGACCACGAGACGUGGAUUCGCCGUUUCAGCGCUGGAGCGCUGGCCGGCGUCACCUCCGUCUUCUUCACAUACCCGCUCGAGGUGAUCCGCGUGCGCCUCGCGUUCGAGACGAAACACCGCAGCUCAUCCCUCAUGGACAUUUGCAAAAAGAUCUACAACGAGACGCCAAUGAACAACAAGCAGGCACAACCAGCGCCAACAAACCCGCUCGCAGUCACACCACAGACUGGGCUGGUCAACUUCUACCGAGGCUUCUCGACCACGAUCCUCGGCAUGAUCCCGUACGCGGGUAUCUCCUUCCUCACACACGAUACGGCAGGCGAUAUCUUCCGACGCCCUGCAUUCCGCAAGUACACAACCCUGCCCCAGCCCGCGAACGCGCCCAAGGACAAGCCGGCACCGUUGCAGGCCUGGGCAGAGCUCACGGCGGGCGGUGUCUCUGGGGCCGUCGCCCAGACAAUAUCGUACCCCCUCGAGGUGAUCCGGCGGCGGAUGCAGGUCGGUGGCGCCGUCGGUGACGGGCACCGCCUGCGCAUCGGCGAGACGGCCAACAUGAUCUUCCGCGAGCGCGGUUUCGCGGGCUUCUUUGUCGGCCUGUCGAUCGGCUAUGUCAAAGUCGUCCCGCUUGCGGCUGUCAGCUUCUACACGUACGAGCGGCUCAAGACCUUCUUCGGCAUAUAA